CGCUUAAUCGACUGCAGAACCUACGUGAGUUGGAUCUUUCUUCCAACCUAUUUGAUGGGCAUUUCUCAUUUUCCUCCUUUGCUAAUCUUUCAAAGCUGGAAAUUAUCGACUUGUCAAACAAUGAGGAAUUAUUUAUACAUCUGGAUGGUGGAAAGUUUGUUCCGUCCUUUCAGCUACGGUUCCUCAUCUUAUCACAUUGUAACCUUGAUGGGAACUCCCUUGCAAAACCAACUUUUCUUGCUUCCCAAUACAAGUUAGAAGGUCUUGAUCUUUCUCACAAUAACUUGAAAGGAAAAUUUCCCAGCUGGUUGUUCAAAAAUCUUACCAGACUAACAUAUGUCAACUUGAGAAAUACCUCAAUAACGGGUGCAUUUCAGUUCCCGAAUCAUCCGAAUGCAGUCAUGUCCAUAGUUGAUCUCUCUAUGAAUUUCCUCGAUGGAUCGAUUCCGACAGACAUCGGCACGGUAUUUCCAAAUAUGACGGCCCUGAAUUUAUCCUCGAAUCAUCUAACUGGAAAUAUCCCUUCAUCAUUGGGUAACAUGAGUAAUUUGCAAUUAUUGGAUUUGUCCAAUAAUAAUUUAUCCGGUGAAGUACCAAAUAGCCUUAUGCUCGAUUGCACUGAAUUGUCGCUUCUGAAGCUUUCCAACAACAACUUGCAUGGGAAUCUGCUUGGUACAAAUCAUAGUCAUACUUUUCUUUCCGCUAUUUUUCUGGAUGGAAACAAUUUUACUGGAACAAUAUUGUGGAGCUUUCUGUCACAACAACAGCAAUUAUCUGUAUUGGAUGUCCACAAUAACCAAUUAUCGGGCAUAAUUCCAGAGAGUAUAGGAAAUGUUUCUGAUCUGAUGACCCUUAAUCUCGCAGAAAAUCAUUUUCAUGGUCAAAUACCACAUCAUUUAUGUAAUCUCACAGUUCUUCGGGGGUUAGACUUAUCAAGUAAUAUGCUCUCCGGGUCAUUACCUCGUUGCUUCCAAUCAUCCGAACUAGUGCUUCUCAAUUUUGCUGGGAAUUUUUUAACAGGCACAAUUCCAAGUGGUUAUUUCAAUAAUUCAUCCCUUGCAGCAUUGGAUGUCAGCAACAACCAGCUUUCAGGUAAACUGCCAAGACAGAUAGGAGAUCAUAUGUCUUUGGAUAUUCUUGUUCUCAGUGGAAAUUCACUUGAAGGCCCAAUACCAAUUGAGUUAUGCAAGCUGCAGUCUUUACAUGUUCUGGACCUUUCGCAAAACAAUCUUUCAGGAUCAAUACCCUCUUGCUUUGGCAAAAUGCAUUUUCGGAAACCUAAUUUAGCAUAUUUAGAUAUCGUUGACAUUGGUGGUUACUUUGUGGGUCCUAGUCCAUUGCCAGUCGAUAUGGAUGUG